AUGUCAUCUCCAGCAAUUGGUAUAGGUGCUUUUAUUUUGAUUGGGCUUUGGUCGUCAUCUUUUAUUUUAUGUCUACUGUCUCUCCGAACUCGUCAUAGUAUUGGUCCAAUUGUUUUUAUAUUUACUAUUUUAAUAACAAUUAUAUUACUUGCAAUACCGCGUAGUUCAACAGAUACACCUAAACUUGAUAAUAAGGUAUGUAAAUAACUAUUUUUAUCUAUUUAUACUAUUGUUAAAAAUAGUUAUUAGAUAGUAUGUAUAUUACAACUUACCCCUACUCAAUAAUAUUACUUAAAAUACACUUAAGCAGUAGUGCUCUCAUUAAAUUUAUUUAAAAUCCACUAUAUGCUGUAAAAAUAUGAUAUUUGAGCAUACAAAUGUUUGGGGAGGAGGUUGAAAGUUGAUACCUUACGUAAUCAUAUGUCCCACUUUUGACCUGUGUGUCCCACUAUCCCUAAAGAAUGCAAAAAUGUCCUGCUUUGACAAAAUGGGGACUGUGGAAAUGCAUUCUAUCGAAAAAGGGCACGUAUUUAUUAUUCACAGUACAAAGAAAUAUAGCUAUCAAUAGAUAAAAUAUAUUAACUAACAUUUUACAAAUUUUACACUAGAGCUAUUUUAAUAAUUUGUCUAUCGUAGGCCGUUUAUGGAUAAUUUUAAUUUCAACAAAUAUUUUAACCAAAAGUAUGCAAUGUCAAAAAUCCGUACAUAUCAAAAUGUACUGACAUCCCCCUUCGAGGGGAAAAAUUAUGGUUUUAUUGAUACCACCUAAACCCAUUCUUGAUAUUUACACCAUGCAAAUGCAAAACUAUAUGCCCCUGCCUUUAACAGGUUUUAUAUUUUGUAAAUCACCUUCUACAACAACAUGGUGAAGUUCAUAUUGAAGUUCAACCUAAAUUUUAUCACUUCUAUAGUUCAAUCAGUCUACAAAAAAAAAAAACUUGAGCUCUUUUGAUCAAGAAGGAGUUACUAAAAGUUUCUAAAGGUACUAGAAAAAAGAUCUAUACGUUCGUUAUAACAGUACAAUAGUCUUUCUUUUCAGGGAAAAUUCGACAAAAACAAUAUUCAAUGUUUUUCCAAUCUUUUGUAAAACUUUAGUAAUUUCUCAACCAUCUUUAUAGAACUUUUUAUACUUAAAAAUCAAGAAUUAAAAAUCAAAUUACACUCAAUUUAAUAGCAUAUAAGUAAUACUUGAAUAUUAUACUACAUAACAUAAUUUUUUAAUUUUUUUAAUUUUUAGAUUGUUGAUCCACUAUUUGUUUGGCGUUUAGCAAUUCUAAGUCUGCUCAUUUUGAGUACAAUAAUAGGAUUGUCUGCACUGUUCUCUUCACAUGUUAUGAGUCGGAAAACUGUACCACAACUGAAAUCUUGGGUACUAUAA